AAUUCUCAAUGGACGCACUAUAAAGUUAUAUUAUAUGGUGAAGCUCAUGUGAAGGUUCACUUUUAUAGGCUAUAAAUAUAUGAAUCCAAGAAUUCAACCAUGCACAACAAGUCCUUGCCUAAGGUCUUUGUGGAAUUGGGUCUCACGAAAUUGGAAAAAUUGUUGCACCAACAACCCUAGGAGUGACUCAAAUCAUGAACCAGAAAACCACAGUUUAAAGUGCAUUCAACAUGGAGUAAGAUUGUGCAAAGAAGAGGUAAUUGUGGUAAUGCAAAAGCUGGGAAUAAGUGUUGAGCUACAUGGGGAUGGGAUAGAGGACUUUGGAGAACAAGAAAUUGCUAACAUGUUUGAAAAUGAUGUUAGUGUGGAAGAGGUGAAGGAAGCUUUCAAUGUGUUUGAUGAAAACAAAGAUGGGUUCAUAGAUGCUGCUGACUUGCAAAGGGUUUUAUUCCGUUUGGGUUUGGAGAGAGACUUUGUGCAGUGUCAGAAAAUGAUUAAUAUUGUUGAUCAAAAUGGAGAUGAACUAAUUGACCACAACGAGUUUUUCAUGUUGAUGGAACAGAGUUUUUGUUGAAUAUAUCCUCUGUAGUCUUGCAUUGCAGGUGAUUUUUUUUUCUCUUUACUUUCUAUGGGACAUGAGGAAGAAUAAUCAAAUUCUGUUUUCUUAGGCUUAUUUUUUAUGCCAUCAUUGUACGUGUAGUAUAUAAUAAAAAAACAUGUGUUAGAAAUCUUUCUA